AUGCACUGCAUCCACUGCUCCCAAGAGUUUUCCAAUCAAUCACAAUUGAUGGCCCACUAUGAUGAGCACGCGGAGAUUCAGCGUCGAGUUCACCCCGGGCGAAUAUAUGGAGCCCGCUACGAGACAAAGAGCCACACAAUCCCGCCAGGCUGUGCUGAAACCGACCCAGAACAGGCCUCAUCUACUGAUCGUGGCAAGGAUUCAUUCCGCCUGAAGGAGCAACAGACGGGCAAACAAACACAACGGCUCUCCGACAUCAGCCAGUUUAUGAGCCAGGACAACGGCCUGCUUGUAUUUCGUCGCUUUUCCAGGCUGAGUAUCCAAAGCCUCGUCCACAUGCAGACCGAGAUUGCGGAACUGGAAGAUUGCGUAAGAGAACAAAGUGAUUCAGCGGGCACAACCCCGUGGGGCAGUCCCCGGGAUCAGCUCAUGGAUACCCUCUCAGCGAAGCUUGAGAAAUACCACAAAGCCCUGCUGCUCCAGUCACAGCUGGUCAAGCUGAAACGCCCGGAAGAUGAGUUUAUCCAAAUUCUUAGCGACUGGGCAGCAGACUCUCAGCUUCUCAGCGAAGCAGAUGGCGCAUUUUUAGCCGAUCAGCCUGACCUUCGAAGGGACUUGGUGUCGUUGGACUCCGGCGCCGAACGGAAAGUCUGGGCCUACCGGGUCGUGGAAAGACUGGUCUGGAGGCUGCUUGUCAAGGACAAAAAGCGCAGUGGGGCUACCGUAUACGACCAUGGAGGCACGCUCUACACGUACAAUGACGAGGCUGUCGCGACGGUCGUCCGUGUGGUGCUGACCAUCUUCACCGCCGCGCUUCUCAUUCUCCCAAUCAUUCUCCUCUACUUCUUCAGGACGGGGGCAAGCGCUCUUAUAGUGGUUACAGUAUGCACUGUCGCCGUGGCGGUUCUGAUUGCAUUAUCCACCGAUUGUCGGAAUCACGAAAUCCUGAUGGCAGCCGCAGCAUAUGGUGCCGUCAUGAUAGUCUACGUCGAGCACUGA